CCCUGGAAGCAGUUCCGGGAAACCCCGCGUGCUGCCGGGAUCGCGUCUCUGUCCAUGAGGGGGGGAGGGGGUGGCGCGCGCGCCAUUUCUAGUCGUUUUCAAAGCGCCUCGCGCUGAUUCUCACGGGCCCGGCCGUCGGCCCCAGCUCUGCCCUGCAGCAUAAUAAAAUGGCUAAUCAGGUGAAUGGUAAUGCGGUACAGUUAAAAGAAGAGGAAGAACCAAUGGAUACUUCCAGUGUAACUCACACAGAACACUACAAGACACUGAUAGAGGCAGGCCUCCCACAGAAGGUGGCAGAAAGACUUGAUGAAAUAUUUCAGACAGGAUUGGUAGCUUAUGUCGAUCUUGAUGAAAGAGCCAUUGAUGCUCUCAGGGAAUUUAAUGAAGAAGGAGCUCUAUCUGUACUACAGCAGUUCAAGGAAAGUGACUUAUCACAUGUUCAGAACAAAAGUGCAUUUUUAUGUGGAGUUAUGAAGACCUACAGGCAAAGGGAGAAACAGGGGAGCAAGGUGCAAGAGUCUACAAAGGGACCCGAUGAAGCAAAGAUCAAGGCCUUGCUUGAGAGGACUGGUUAUACCCUGGAUGUAACCACAGGACAGAGGAAGUAUGGUGGUCCUCCACCAGACAGUGUGUACUCUGGCAUGCAACCUGGAAUUGGAACAGAAGUCUUUGUAGGUAAAAUACCAAGAGAUUUAUAUGAGGAUGAGUUGGUGCCCCUUUUUGAAAAGGCUGGUCCCAUUUGGGAUCUACGUCUUAUGAUGGAUCCACUGUCUGGUCAGAACAGAGGGUAUGCAUUUAUCACCUUCUGUGGAAAGGAAGCUGCACAGGAAGCUGUUAAACUGUGUGACAGCUAUGAAAUUCGCCCUGGUAAACACCUUGGAGUGUGCAUUUCUGUUGCAAACAACAGGCUUUUUGUUGGAUCAAUUCCGAAGAAUAAGACUAAAGAAAACAUUCUGGAAGAAUUCAGUAAAGUCACAGGUUUAACAGAGGGUUUGGUGGACGUUAUUCUCUAUCAUCAACCCGAUGACAAAAAGAAGAAUCGGGGGUUCUGCUUCCUUGAGUAUGAGGAUCACAAGUCAGCAGCACAAGCCAGACGCCGGCUGAUGAGUGGAAAAGUAAAAGUAUGGGGAAAUGUAGUUACAGUUGAAUGGGCUGACCCUGUGGAAGAACCAGAUCCAGAAGUCAUGGCUAAGGUGAAAGUUUUAUUUGUGAGAAACUUGGCUACUACAGUGACAGAAGAAAUAUUGGAAAAGUCGUUUUCUGAAUUUGGAAAACUUGAAAGAGUGAAGAAGUUGAAAGAUUAUGCGUUUGUUCAUUUCGAAGACAGAGGAGCAGCUGUUAAGGCCAUGGAUGAAAUGAAUGGCAAAGAAAUAGAAGGGGAAGAAAUUGAAAUAGUCCUAGCCAAGCCACCAGACAAGAAAAGGAAAGAGCGCCAAGCUGCUAGACAGGCCUCCAGAAGCACUGCGUAUGAAGAUUAUUACUAUCACCCUCCUCCUCGUAUGCCACCUCCAAUUAGAGGUCGGGGUCGUGGUGGGGGGAGAGGUGGAUAUGGCUACCCUCCAGAUUACUAUGGCUAUGAAGAUUACUAUGAUGAUUACUAUGGUUAUGAUUAUCACGACUAUCGUGGAGGCUAUGAAGAUCCCUACUACGGCUAUGAUGAUGGCUAUGCAGUAAGAGGAAGAGGAGGAGGAAGGGGAGGGCGAGGUGCUCCACCACCACCAAGGGGGCGGGGAGCACCACCUCCAAGAGGUAGAGCUGGCUAUUCACAAAGGGGGGCACCUUUGGGACCACCAAGAGGCUCUAGGGGUGGCAGAGGGGGUCCUGCACAACAGCAGAGAGGCCGUGGUUCCCGUGGAUCUCGGGGCAACCGUGGGGGCAAUGUAGGAGGCAAGAGAAAGGCAGAUGGGUACAACCAACCUGAUUCCAAGCGCCGUCAGACCAACAACCAACAGAACUGGGGUUCCCAGCCCAUCGCUCAACAGCCGCUUCAGCAAGGUGGUGACUAUUCUGGUAACUAUGGUUACAAUAAUGACAACCAGGAAUUUUAUCAGGAUACUUAUGGGCAACAGUGGAAAUAGACAAGUGAGGGCUUGAAAAUGAUACUGGCAAGAUACGAUUGGCUCUAGAUCUACAUCCUUCAAAAAAAAAAUUGGCUUAUCUGUUUCAUCUUUAAGUAGCAAUUUGCUGCCAUUUGUAUUGGGCUGAAGAAAUCACUAUUGUGUAUAUACUCAAGUCUUUUUAUUUUUUCCUCUUUUCAUAAAUGCUCUUGGACAUUAUUGGGCUUGCAGAGUUCCCUUAUUCUGGGAGUUACAAUGCUUUUAUCCUUUCAGGCUUCAUUUUAGCUUCAAAACAAGCUGAGCACACUGUUAAAUCAUGAUUUUGCAGAACCUUUGAUUUUGGACAGCUUCAUUUUUUGGAUUUGGGAUAGAUUACCUAGCAGUAUGGAGUAUGCUGUAAAUAAAAAUACAAGCUAGUGCUUUGUCUUAGUAGUUUUAAGAAAUUAAAGCAAACAAAUUUAAGUUUUCUUGUAUUGAAAAUAACCUAUGAUUGUAUGUUUUGCAUUCCUAGAAGUAGGUCAACUGUGUUUUUAAAUUGUUAUAACUUCACACCUUUUUGAAAUCUGCCCUACAAAAUUUGUUUGGCUUAAAGGUCAAAGCCGUGACAAUUUGUUCUUUGAUGUGAUUGUAUUUCCAAUUUCUUGUUCAUGUAAGAUUUCAAU